GCCGUCGUAGUGUCAUAUUUGCGUUGUGCCUCGAAUCACGAUACGUAGCGUGUACUGCUGUUAGAUUUUAUAUACACAUCUAUCGUUUGACAGUUUGAUCCUACGGACGCAAUAAGGUGAUCGCUUAAUUUGUUUGCCGGGCGUCUGCUCGGAGUGAAAAGGUUUUUCGAAAACAAAACCUUGCCCUCCGUUAAUAUGUAUUUAAUCGAGUUCCGGGGAUCGGUCUGUGGAAAUGCGCGCUUGUAUCUGGAAGCGUUGGGCACGUAGGUGCCACAAUGUGCUUCGAUAGUAACGAAUUCGCGUCUACGUGCUUAGAGAUUCUGGACGUCGCGGGGUUAAGCUCGACUCAACAGACGAAUAGUUAAACAGACACGGUAGAUAAGUAGGUAGCGCAAGAAGGAGAUCAAGGGGGCGAAAGAGACGGCGAGGAAGAAGAUAAAAAGAGAGUUUUCGACAGACUUUCUAAAUCGAAAAUCGCGAAAACAAAAAAACAGUCGAUUGAUGUCUUAUUUGUGAUGGGAGUGCCUGCGAGGGGAGCACUCGCGGCGAUCGUCGCCAUAAGCGCUUUCGUCGUCUAUCUAAACAGCCUUAACUGUGGCUUCGUUUUCGAUGAUAUUUCAGCGAUUAAGGAUAAUCGGGAUUUGAGGCCUCAUACACCUCUGAAAAAUGUCUUUUACAAUGAUUUUUGGGGUACUCCUAUGCACAAGGAGCAAUCACACAAAUCAUAUAGGCCAUUGUGCGUUCUCACAUUUCGAUGGAAUUAUCUGAUUCAUCAACUGGAUCCUAUGGGAUAUCAUCUGCUAAAUGUUAUCCUACAUGUUGGAGUAUGCUUAUUAUAUUUCAGGAUUUGUUUAAUGUUUCUAUCCGAUUCUGCAACUUUUAUAUCUUCUCUCCUGUUUGCAGUUCAUCCUAUACAUACAGAAGCAGUUACAGGAGUGGUUGGAAGAGCAGAAACAUUGUCUUCUUUAUUUUACCUAGCAGCUUUAAUCACAUAUACUAAAUGUUGCAGAAGUAGACGGUCAACAGGAUGGAGAUCCUUGAUAUUAUCUAUGUUUUUUGUUUUUACUGCUAUGUUGUGCAAAGAACAAGGAAUAACGGCUACGGCAGUUUGCGUAUUGUAUGAAAUUUUUGUCAUACAAAAGGUAAGAGCGAUGGAUAUUUUCCUGACAUUAAAGGCAGUUUUUGGUGGGAAGAAAAUAUCCCUUGCCUGGACCAGCGAAGGUACAAAACGAUUGACUGCUCUUACACUUGUUACAUUCAGUUUACUCAUUCUUCGGUUACAUGUAAUGGGCUCAAAGUUACCUGUAUUCACCAGAUUCGACAAUCCCGCGUCUGUGGCACCAACGCCUGUAAGGCAGCUUACAUAUAAUUACCUCGCAGCAGUUAAUUUAAGGCUACUAUUUCUUCCGAGCGAUUUAUGUUGUGAUUGGACUAUGGGAACUAUACCGUUGCUGGACAGUUUCACAGACCCCCGUAAUCUGGUUACUGUGGCGACUCAUAUGACGGUAUUAGGAUUACUGGCAACAGCAAUUUUAACACCUAAUAGACAAACCUCCAUCAUUCUCAUAAUGAGUUUGGCUAUGAUGAUACUCCCAUUCUUACCUGCCUCGAACCUCUUCUUCCCGGUUGGAUUCGUCAUUGCCGAAAGAGUAUUGUAUGCUCCGUCUAUGGGAUUUUGUAUGCUUGUUGGUUAUGGAUGGAGCAUUUUGUGUGACAAAAAGUUCAAGAAACUUACACUAUUUUUAUUAGUAACACUUCUGGCUGCCCACACAACAAAGACUUUUAUGAGGAACUAUGAUUGGUUGGAUGAAUAUUCUAUAUUUAUGUCAGGAUUAAAAGUAAACGAUCGCAAUGCCAAAUUGUUUAAUAACGUGGGACAUGCUUUGGAAAGUCAAGGUCGAUUUAAAGAAGCAUUGAAUUUCUUUAAUAUGGCUGUACAAGUUCAAGGCGACGAUAUUGGGGCGCACAUCAAUGUUGGCAGAACGUACAAUCAUCUUAAAAUGUUUAAGGAAGCCGAAGAUGCAUACCUGAAAGCAAAAUCUUUGCUGCCUAAAGCAAAACCCGGAGAAUCUUACCAGGCGCGAAUAGCACCGAAUCACUUAAAUGUUUUCGUAAAUUUAGCAAAUUUAAUAGCAAAGAACGCAACUAGGUUAGAGGAAGCUGAUUUGCUUUAUAGACAAGCCAUUAGUAUGCGUGCUGAUUACACGCAAGCAUAUAUUAAUCGAGGCGAUGUCUUAGUUAAACUUAAUCGUACUAAAGAAGCUCAGGAAGUUUAUGAGCGAGCUCUUUUUUACGAUAGCAACAAUCCGGAUAUCUACUACAACCUGGGAGUCGUAUUUUUGGAACAAGGAAAAGCAUCACAGGCUCUGGCAUAUUUGGAUAAAGCAUUAGAAUUCGACCCAGAGCACGAGCAAGCAUUAUUAAAUUCAGCCAUGUUGCUUCAGGAAUUGGGACGCGCAGAAUUGCGGAAAGUAGCCAGAGAAAGGCUUCUAAAACUUUUGAGAAAAGAUUCCAAUAAUGAACGAGUUCAUUUUAAUCUUGGAAUGCUAGCGAUGGAUGACCACGAUAGCGCAAGUGCGGAACGUUGGUUCCGUAACGCAGUCGCUUUAAAGGAAGAUUUUCGAUCUGCGUUAUUCAACUUGGCACUUUUAUUGGCAGACGAACAACGUCCUCUCGAAGCAGCACCUUUUUUAAAUCAGUUAGUUAGAUUUCACCCGGACCACGUUAAAGGUUUAAUCCUUUUAGGCGAUAUCUAUAUUAACAAUAUAAAAGACUUGGAUGCCGCUGAAAAUUGUUUCCGUAGAAUAUUGCAAUUGGAUCCAACAGAUAUUCAAGGUCUACAUAAUCUGUGUGUUGUAAUGGUGGAACGUGGUAAGUUAGGUCUUGCUGCUCAAUGUUUAGAACGUGUAGCAGCAUUAGCGCCCCAUCAAGAUUACGUGCAUAGGCAUCUUGCCAUUGUGAAGGCUCGUAUCAAUCGAUUACCACCGGAACAACGCGACACGGAAGUAUUCGAUGAUUCUUUCUGGCAAGCUAGCCCAAAGGAAAGAAAUUUCAACAUGGAAGACAUUUCCGGUAGUAACGGCGCUGGCGGCGCUGCUGCCACAGGUGGUCCUGGAAACAUGGUUAAUAGUGGUAACCAGUAUUUAGGACAAACGGACUCUGUUUUUUCUAAUCACCACAAUCACAUAGGAAAUAAGAAAAGCAAUACGGACUCAUUGAAUAAUAACGUAAUACAUUUGAAGAGCCCGUCGAAACCUGGAAGAAUACCACUGAACGAAGUAAGCGCGGAAGUGAAGGAAGUGUUCGAUGAUAACGAAAGGUAUUUGAGCCCGAGCUCAAAUUCGAAAGACAUGGAAGAAUUUUCCUCUGGAAGAGAUUUUAACAAGGACAUAAACACGGACGCGACGGAAUUGACAAUCGAUCCGGAACGUGCAACCAAAACAAUUAAUUCCGAGAAAUUUGAUCAAGUCGCGCCAAUUAUUUCGACUGGCGGGAAUCAUGCUGGCACCACACGUCAAAGAAAGGACACUGCUCUCUCUUAAUGAUGACGUUAAAAUCCGCCGAAUAUUGUAUAAAGUUAUAUUCUACGUAUAACGAAAGAGAAUGGUGGUACAGCCGUAUAGAGCUAAUAUGUGAAUAUAAAAUAAAUACAGAGUAUUGUUUUAUAUGCUGUACGAAUAGAACGUUUUGUAAAAUAUAUUUAAAAAAUGUGUAUCUCCCUCCUUCUUGUUCUUUAAGGUUUCCCUAUGUGAAAUAGUCAUCCAUCCCUA